AUGAUAAAACCGAUACCGAAAACCGAAAUUACCGAACCGAUCGGUAUUGACUACCACAAUGUUCUCACCCGCAACAAUGAUAAUAACGAUGAGAGCGAGAAGAUCAUUGCUGAAGAUAACAACAAUAAUGAUGAUAUUUAUAGUGAUAAUGAUGAACAAGCAUUGGAUUUAACAGAGACUGGCAAAUAUAACCUUUAUGGUAAUUGGGAUGGACCAGUUAAUCCAAACUAUUGA